AUGCAUCCUUUUGCCUUUGAUUCACCAUCACCUAAGCCAUGACCUCAGUUGAAAGUGGUAGCUUCUGGCAACGUUCCAAAUCAAAUUUAGAUGAUGGAAUCCUGAUAAAGAAGCUCCUCCUUAGCCAUGACCCUGAUGGCCGUCGCCUUGAUUCUGAGAUGCUACUCUCUGCAGUGGAGAACAUCAUGUUUUAUGCAACUACAUCAGAAGUUUCUGAAAAUCCUAAAGAAGCAAAUUUAAAGAGUCAUAUUAGCAACAUUGAACUGAUUGGAUCACAAGAACCACUAGUGCAUACCAUCUAUAAAAUUGCACAUGAGAUGCUUUGCAAUUGCCCUGGUAAAGGAGAUCUUCAUACACGAGCGAUGGUCUUGUUCGAUUUGCUGGGAAAUUAUAGAUGGGAAGCAAAAGUGGCAUUAGCACUUGCAGCUUUUGCAACAAGCUAUGGUGAAUUUUGCCUGAUAAUGCAGCUACGCCCUCGUAUCCCCUUGGCAGAAUCAGUUGGAAAUUUUAAACAACUUCCUAGUAACAUAAGCAUGUUGAAGCCUCAAUUGAAGGCCUUAAGAUUGCUUUUUAAGACAAUGGUGGAUUUGACAAAGUGCAUUAUCGAGUUUGAAGGUCUGGCAGUUGUACCUGUAGAACGGGAUAUUGAGAACCUAGCUGCAAUGAAGUCUGUAAUCUAUGUUACCGCUUACUGGAUCAUUAGAAGCACCUUGGCCUGCUCUUCUCAAAUCACAAACUUGAGGGCCAUGAAACCUGAGCAAGUAUAUUCCAAUAUAAUAAUUGCGGCGUGGGAGCUCUUAAGUCUGGAUUACAGGUUGAGCAGCAUAUACAGUCGCCUUAGGCAGUCGGUGGAUGCUUUUCGUCAACAAACAGAAGCAAAGCUGCAGCAGAAGCUGGUGAACCUUCUUAAGGAGUCCCAUGUCGACAAUGAAGAGGUGCUUCAGAUGUUAUUUUCUCUAAAAGAUGACUUUCCACUUAAGGAUUGUUUUGCACAAGAAAAGUUACGUGUCUCCGAGUUGAAAAGCAAGGUUGUUCUCCUUUUGGUUUCCAAGCCAGAUCUUCUUCCACUAGAGCAGUUGUUUUUUCUAGUCCACCAAACAUAUGAUCAUCCUCACAGAAAGAAGGUAGAAGGAAGUUACGCCAUUAUAUGGGUUCCCAUUUCAGUUUCUGAUACAUGGACUGAUGCAGAGGAGAAAUGGUUCAACUUUUUAUCAAACUCAAUACCAUUUUACUCAGUUCGACAACCAUGGUCUCUAAACUCUGCAGUGAUUAACUUUAUGAAACAAGAAUGGAAGUAUGGAGAUGAAGCCAUUAUGGUAGUUUUGGAUUCAGAAGGGACGAUUACUAACUUGAAUGCGCUUGAUAUGGUAUUCAUAUGGGGUUCUGAGGCAUAUCCCUUUUCACUUUCAAGAGAAAAUGAGCUGUGGGAUGGGCAGCACUGGACAAUGCAACUUAUGACCAAUGAAAUUCACCCUAUCCUUACUCAAUGGGUUGAAGAAGGGAGAAAUAUUUGCAUUUAUGGAAGUGAAAACUUGGAUUGGAUUAGAGAAUUUAGUGCAAAAAUCAAAGAAAUAAAGGAUGCAGGUGUGCAGCUUGAGAUGAUAUAUGUUGGAAAGAACAACCCAGAUGAACAUGUAAAAGACAUUUUAAUCACAAUCAUUGGAGAAAUACACAGCAACUUACUCUCUUUCACUAAGGUACAGCUCUUCUGGCUUCGUUUAGAGAGUAUGAGAAGAUCAAAAUCCCGUCUAGGGAAAACUGCCAGUACCGAUCAUAUUCUAGCAGAGGUGUUGGCCUUGCUGUACAACGAUGAUGACAACGGCUGGGCGGUAAUUGGGAAAGGAUUGUCGACAGAUCUUGUAAGGGUUCAAGGGGGUGAAAUCAUUCAAUGCUUGAAUCUGUUUGGACAGUGGGGAGAAAAUGUGGCACAGUUGGAAUUCGUUGGUGCUCUCAGAACUGUCCUUGAACCGCCUCUCCUUGAUGGGCCUUGCAAUCACACAGAAGUUGUUACCUAUUCUCAAGGAUUUAUUGAAGGAAGCAUAGUAUGCCAGAAAUGUAAGCGGCUUAUGAAGAAGUUUACCAUCUAUCAGUAAUUGUAAUAGAGAUUUUCUGACUGAAAUAACA